GAAGAUUUUAUUCUUAAUGCGUUUUUUUUAAUAUCCUAUUUCGAAGUUAUAAUAAUGAGUAAAGGUGGAUUUUCUUGUGUGAUGUGUAAAAACAUAUCUGGACGAAAUGCAGGAAUAAAGUUUUUUCGUUUUCCAAAAGAUCCAGAAAUGUCUAAAUUAUGGCUCAAAUCUUGUAAUCGUAUGAUUGAUAGAACAACUGAAGAACUUUAUAAAAAUUAUCGAAUUUGUAGUGAUCAUUUUAAUGAAAACAUGUAUCUUAAUGACUUGAAAACUAGACUUCUUCCUGCAGCUAUACCAAAUGCAACAUAG